AUGGCGACAACUGAGCCUUUAGAUAAUGGCCUUCGCGCCAGGUUGGAGCCUGUACUACCAAAGGGUCGCCAAUUUGGCAUCUUUCACCUCUCCACGCCGCCGACCAAGAGCGCCGCCCUGUAUUCUGCGCCGCCCAACGAGAGACCCGACCGGACAUUCUGCGAAAGCCACUUUCUCGCCGUUUCCAUCAAAACUCCGACCGAGGAUGGGGAUGUCGCUCCAGAUGAGAAGCAUAAGAAUGUUCUCGUCUUGGGCGUCGAGAUUCUCCUCUACUCGACUAUACACACUACGACCCUCUUCGUUUCCAAGGCCGACUCGACGGGAUACCUAAACUUGCUAAAACUGCCCAAGGGGACGCCGAGUCCUAUACGAGAGGUUUGCGGCGCAUUCAUCUCGCACCUGGUGGAGAAGCGACGGCGCAAGGAUAAGCAAUUCGUCGUCAGCCUUUUUGCGCGAGCCCAAUCGCAGUACCUCUUCCCCGGCAGCGUCAAGAAUAACGGAAAGCACGUGCUGGACGACCGCGGCCUAGUUAAGUGGUGGUGCCGCGUCCUCAGCCCGUUGCUCGAAACACCGCCCAAGGGUAGUCUGCCGCCCUGGGGCAGCGUUAGGGGCUACAUCGUCGUGCCGGGCCUGGAAGAAUACGAAACGAGGGCGUUUCUGCCUCGCACGCUGCUGCCGUCAUGGUCGCUCACACAUCCGCUGGAGAUAAUAUCACACUACACAAAGGAGUUUGACUGGGUGCCGCCGCGGUGCCUGAUUCCUCGCUACCCCGACGAUCCGAAAUCGAGAUUCAGGGAUGAGCUGGACGAGGAGGCCGCACAGUCCGGAGCCAUGCGCAAGGCGGGCACGUGGCAGAGCGUCAGGACUUUGGACAUGUUUUGGGAGAUGAUGGCUUUCCGACAAGAGUGCUCGAGUGGCCGGAUGACGGGCUUCAUUUGGGUCGUGUUCGACGACGAACCCCAAGACGGCAUGCCCCCGGCCGCGCCGGAGACGCCGCGCAAGCAGCAACGCACCAUUGACAUUUCGACGCCAGGCACCACGCCGCGCAAACUCUUUGGCGGCACCACCGCCCCGUCAGCCAAGUCACAACGAGCCGCCACCGAGAAGAAGCGCGCAGAGGAUAGAAAGAGAAAGAAGUCCAGAAAGCUGCGCGGCAUCAUCGUCACCCGGCCCCCGCGCGUUAAGACGGAGCAGAAGAAUUACCUGUUGGAGCGCUGCCCGCCGUCCACGCCAUACUACUUUUGGCCUGCUGGCGGGCGCGGAGAGCGCAUCGUCGGGGAGAGCGCGUACAAGCGCAUCGUGGAGCUGCUCCUGCAUUUGGACUUUGCAACGCUCGACAAGGCCGCGGGGAGCACGCGGCGGUGGGUCGGCGAGGUGGGCAUGGGGAGUCCUUGGGGCUACGAUGUGACUGGCACGAUGGAGGUUGCGGCAGGGACCGGGGAUGGGGAUGUAAAGGUGCCGCAGGUGAAUAACUUGUCGGGGCUGGUCAAGAGGAAGCGCAGCAGCGCAGUCGAGACGGCAGAGGCGGCAGAGGACGGAGCUGUCAAGGUGCUUGGCGCAGGCUUGGUGAGGAAAAAGUCCAAGUCGGAUGCGCCAGAGGAAGGGCAUGCUGCUGUGCUUUCAGCAGGGUUGGUGCGCAAAAAAGAAAAGGCGUAG